UCUCACUACCCACGUCGCCUCCCUCCAGACAUUUUUCCUUAGGAAGAGGAGCUCCUGAGCAAGGCACAGAAGGUCUGACCCUAGCCAGAGGAGGACUGGCCCAAGAGCUGGCAGGCAGUUCAGGGCCAAGGAAGGUGGUUUUCUCUACGGACCAGAGAACCGCUCACAGAGAAAAUCAGGUUUUUCUCCAACAUGACAGCCACCUUGCCUCCUGCCUCAUCUACAUCGACUAGCCUUGAAAACACCAGCAUCUAUGACUAUUACUACCUUGAUAAUUUCCUGAGUACGGUCUGUAGGAAGGAGGCCAUCUUGUCCUUUGGCCAAAUGUUCCUGCCUAUCUUCUAUUCCCUAGUGUUUGUCCUGGGCCUGAGUGGAAACCUUUUCUUCCUCACUGUCCUCCUUUACUCUGCUCGUAGAAGACAGGUAACUGAGGUAUACCUGCUGAACCUGGUUGUUUCUAACCUCCUCUUCGUGGUGACCUUGCCUUUCUGGGGGGCCUCUGUAGCCUGGCAUUGGGUCUUUGGGGAAGUCCUCUGCAAAAUCAUAUGUACCCUUUACACUGCUGGCUUCUACAGCAGCAUCUUCUUUCUCAGUUGCAUGAGUCUGGACAAGUAUCUGGAUGUCGUCCAUGCUCAGACCCACCAUCACCCGUGGACGCCAGCAAAGAGCUGGCUCCUUUCAGGUGGGGUGUGGACGGUGGCCCUGGUGCUUUCGAUCCCUGACCUGGUCUUUGCUCGAGUGCAAGAAGGCACUGGUGGUAUGCAGAGUUGUCAUCUGGACUUUGGAGACAAUGGGCCUCUAUGGAAGGUGCUUCUUCGCUUUAAGCAGAGUAUUCUAGGAUUUAUCCUCCCGCUUUUUGCCAUGGUCUUCUUCUACACCCGAAUAGGCUACAUCCUCACAGUCCUAAGACCUCGGGGGAGGGGCCGAGCCCUGUGGGCAGCCGCAGCACUGGUGGUGGCCUUCUUUGUACUGUGGUGUCCCUACAAUAUCACCCUGUUCCUGCACUCAUUGCAGGACUUACAGGUCCUUGAGGGCUGUGAGGUCAGCAAGCGUCUGGACUAUGCUCUCCAGGUGACAGAGAGCAUCGCUUUCACUCACUGCUGUCUCUCCCCUUUCCUCUAUCUCUUUGUCCACCAUCGGCUCAGGAAGCAUCUCAAAAAGGUUCUAGAAGCCAUCUUCAAGAGAUCUAGGGAGUCCUCUGCUGCCCAUCCCUCCCAGACCAGUUAUUCCAACAGUUAUUCCACAACCCAAGAAGAAAUGACUAGCACUGACAGUCGGGGAGAAAGCUUACAGGAUCAUGGAAUUUAGAGCUCAUUGAGUCCAACUUCCUCAUUUCACAAGUGAGAGUACUAGGAGAAAGUAUAAGUGACUUGCCCAAGGUCACCAGGCAUAGGUAGUAGUUGUGGGUUUUGAACCCAAUUCUCUCUAGAUAGAGCUCCUUCACAACCAGAACCUUCCACCAAACAUCAUGUUGACCUGUUGUAGUCAAAAUUAUCAACCUCAGAAACAGGAGAUCUGGAUUUGAAUCCUGGUCCUGCCAUUUCUUAACUGCUGUAUAGGUUUUGGUGCAGUGGCUCCCAAAUUCUUUAGAUAUAAGAACCCUUUUUUAACAACCACAAAAACACUGACAAACCUUCAUGUAAUAAUAGAUAUAUUGUUAACAUCCAUUGACUAAGGAAACAGGUCAUAACAAAAUGACAAUACAUGGUAUGGACUCUCAGACCCUUUGUGGUAAGUCUGGGCUCCAAGGAGGGCCACAGUCCACAUCCUUGAAUCCACCUGUAUGGUGGAAACAACCCUGGAUUUGGAGUCAGAAAACUUGGCUUCAAGUUCUAGCUGUGCUAUGUACUCCCUAAAUGAUUUCGAGCUACCCACUUUCCUCUCUGAGCUUCAUCUUCUUCAAUUAUAAAAUAAAAGGGUUGACAUUCUAGAAAACUAUUUGAAAAUUACGUGAGAAAGGUUAUUAAAUUGUGUGUACCUUUUGAUUCAAAUAGUUCAUUGCUAUAUAUAUGCCCUUAGGAAUCUGCAAAAGAGGGAUGAUAAUAGCUUCUACCUCCCAUCUUGUUGUGAAGAUCAAAAGAGAUGAUCUUUAUGAAAGCACUUAACAGAGUGCUUGGCGUACUGUAGGUGCUAUAUAAAUGUUAGUUUAUGUUAGUUAGAUUAUGAUUAUUACUAAUGAGGUUAAUGUCAGAAAGAUAUGUUUCUUGUAUACCAAAAUAUUCAUAGCAGCACAACUCUGGAAAUAAAGUGGGGCCCUUUAGGCUGUGGAAUGGCUGAACAAAUUGUGGCAUGUGAAUGUCUAAAGUGCAUGUGUGUGGCCUAUGUAGGUUAUGUGUCCAUCCACAUGAGUCUGUGUAAAUGUGGCUAGAAUAGUUCUCAGCACUUAUGGAACACUUAGUAGUCAUUCUGUUCUCCAAUAUAGAGGAAGAGCAUUAUUCAAAUCCCAGACUUGAGCUCUGGAUAACAAAUGUCAUGGAAUGUUAUUGCAUUGUAAGAAAUGACAAAGGUGGAGAAUUCAGACUUUAUGACCUUGCAAGGUGAAGCAAGCAGAACUGGGAAAACCACUCCUAUAAUAAUGUAAAUUUUAAAAAAAACCCUCCAAAACACUGUAACCAAGUCAAAACAUGGCCUCAUAGAAGAGGUAAGAAAAUGUGCCUUCCUCCUUUUGUUGCAGAGACGGUCCCUGCUUUCAACGGGCUUACAUUCUAAUGAAAGAAGAUAACACCUAAAAAGAAGCUUGUGGUGAGGAAAAUUCAUUAUAAAUUUAGACUUAGAGCACCAUGGGAAUUUGUUGUUCAGUCCUUUCAGUCAUGUCUGACUCUCUCUCUGUGACCCCCUUUGGGUUUUCUUGGCCAAGAUACUGGAGUGGUUGGCCAUUUCCUUCUCCACUACUAUAGGAAUAGGGAUGAUGAUUAUUCUGUAUAAAAGCUUCAAUAGGUGAAACAUUUUGUGAGGAGUUCAUUCCAUGGGACCCACACUACAAAUAGGCAAUUGGCCAAACAAGGCAACCUAGGAGAUCUGCUGACCUUAAGAUGGACUUAGGUUAUGUAGAGGGAGCAUGUUCUCUCAGGUAACCACCACCCCCAUGCCCAAACCUGUGCAUCACUGCAUAGCCCAUGCUAAUACUGUUCAGAGUGGACUCUGUUUAGAGAGGAAAACUUUCAGCAUCUUGGGAGGGUGGGGGUGGGAAGUUAAGUGCAAACUCUCAAGAGAAAGACAAGAUGUAGGAAGUUGCAAAUGGGCACCAGGAGAGAGAGAAAACAGUUGUGGAUCCAGGAAGGUGCAGCCUCUCCCCACUCCCAACUCUAAAUAACUCCUGCCACUGACAGGAGGAUUCCUCUCUGCUUCCAGCAGCAGUUACAGACAUCCUCCUAGUUAUAGUUUCCAUGCCUUCAAAACCUUGGUUGCAAGAUUUCAAAGCUUUGAAGUUGUGGUGCAGAGACAUGACUUUUAGACCUAAAGAUGCAGAAUUGGAUGUCUGAGGUGAUGGGUGAUCAGAGUUCUUCAGGGAGUGCUGAGAGAGGGGACUCAUAAAUCUUUUUCCUAUUCUGUUCUGUUAUGGUGCUACGCUGAUAGGCGAAGGUAUGUACAGCUUUCAUUCUCAUGACAUCUGAAAGGUCAUGGUUUGAAAAAUGCAUGGGAAGUCUGUUUACUGCUUGAUUCUUAUCUCUUGUUUUAUAUCCUUCAUUAAACUGUAAGUAUACUUUCCCUUUGUGAUCAUACUAUGUGAUUAAUUCUGACUGGAAAGGGAAGUUUCAGAAGAAAAAAAAGGAAAUUCAUGGAGAAGUUUUAUAGAUCAGUAGUCUCCAAAGUCUGAUGCAUACAACCUAGUAGGAACACACACAAAAAAAUUCUUUGCUGGUGCUGGAAAAAGAAAAGUUAGUCCCAUUUAUAUUCAUUUUUAGCUUACUAAAAAGAAAUUAAGAUUUACUAAUAUUUAAUAUGUGGAUUGGCCCUGGAACCCUCAAUCAAUCCACCUGUGAUAUAGUGACAUCCGUGUUAUAUAAAGCACUGGGAGGGAACAGUGGGAGUUCCACAAUGCAAAAGAAGGGCUGACAAUGGCAGCCUGUGAUAUACUGCAGCUCAAGUGUGUCUGGUUAAGUGGAUAUGCAGAUUAUAUUAUGUAGCUUUAAAUGAACGA